AUGGUACCCUGGACGCAAGACGGGAAAAGGGGAGGACGGGAGGUGGGCGGAGGGGAGAAAAGGAGGAGUGCACGGAGACGUCCUCUCCUCUCCCUCCUCCCACCUCCCCCUCUCCUCCCCCCCCCCCCCCCCCUCUCCUUUCCCCCCCGCUCUGCCCUUAUAUUCCCUGCUCUCCGCUCAGCUUCCCCGCUCUCCACUCAUUCCCCCCUCUCUAACUUCACCCCCCCAGCCCCCCCUUCAUGUCACUGCUGCCUCUCUUGUUCUCUUCCUUCACUCCCACCCUCACCUCCCUUGUCUCACUCCGUUCCCCCCCUCUCUCCCUCCACCCCUGUUCUCUGCUUUCCGACUCACCCCUCAUCCCCUUCCCCCGUCCAAUACCUCAACUUCCCGCCAACGCCUUCCCCAACACCUCCCCUACCACCGCCCCUGCAUUUCCCUCAUCUCUCACACCCCCGUCCAGUCUUCCACAACCGAGCCACUCAAGUGGGUGAAUUCCGCUGUUUGUGCGACACUCUCAGGCCUGCCUUUACCGCAUGCCAUUUUCUGAGAGUGUGGCUGCUUGUGUGUGCCACACGCAUGUCAUUUGACUUCUCACCUGCCGGGUAUGGCGCGUGGCUGCAUGUGGCGUGA